AGUGUUAUUGGUCAGAAUCCACCAAUCGAGCUCUCCUGGGCUUUUUUCCCCCUCAAAGCUGAAUCCUAUAAAAGAGUGAAACUUGCAGACUUCUGCCUCACUCUCAAAUUGGGUCAGAGCCUCUUUAAGCUUCACUGUACUGAGGAGCACCAUCAUCAUCAUCAUCAAACAAACAACAAGAAACAUGUCUGACAAAGUUGUGCUGACCUACUUCGAUGGGAGGGGGAAAAUGGAGUCAAUCCGCUGGCUGCUGGCGACUGCAGGAGUGGAGUUUGAGGAAGUUUUCCUGACAACUAGGGAGCAGUAUCUGAAACUCUUGAGUGAUGGCGCACUCAUGUUCCAACAAGUGCCUCUGGUGGAGAUGGAUGGCAUGAAGCUCGUCCAAACUAAGGCCAUCUUACACUACAUUGCAGAGAAGUACAACCUUCACGGCAAAGAUGCCAAAGAGCGAGUCCGGAUCAACAUGUACACAGAGGGGCUGAUGGACCUGAUGGAAAUGAUCAUGAUGCUGCUAUUCCAACCUGAUGCUGAAAGCAAACUGGCAAACAUUCAGACUAAAGCUAAAGAGCGCUACCUGCCGGUGUUUGAAAAGGCUCUAUCCAGCGGUGACUACCUGGUGGGAGGGAGACUGACCUGUGCAGAUGUGCUGCUGAUGGAAUGCAGCCUGAUGUUGGAGGAGAAGUUUCCUGAUGUUCUUGCUGACUUUCCCAAAGUCAAGGCUUUCCAGAAGAGAAUGGAAAAAUACCCGACGAUUGAAAAGUUCCUUCAACCAGGCAGUCAGAGGAAACCUCAGCCAAGUGACUGCCUCCGCCAAACAGCCUUGAAGGUGUUCGCCAUGACCCACAUCCAACCCUGACACCGAUACGUCUUAAAAGCAGCUCAAUUGGACGCAAGAAAAAACGCUUAUGGAUGUUUUUUCAAAGCUAUAACCAAUUGUACUUCAUUAAAAAAAAUAUUUGGACA